UCUUCAUUUGCUUUUGCCGUAGGUAAGCGAAGUCAGGUCUGAACAUGAGGGUCUGCGGAUGGUUCAGCUGUGGCUUCUUCCCGGCGUUGUUCCUGGUCAUCCUUAGUGCAGUACAGAGCUCAACGGCCACAGAAAAACUACGCGUUGCAUACCAGUGGAAAUUCCUGGAUUUUGCCUGGCCAAACGAAGAAACCCGACAACUCUUUCCCCAUUAUAUACGCGAGAACAAUAAUCCCCUUGGAGUGUUAGCAGCCGGUGACAGGCUCUUCAUCACCGUGCCACGAUGGAAGUCGGGUGUUGCAUCCACCCUGAACUACAUCUACCUAAACGAUACGAAAGAGUCACCACUGCUUAAUCCGUAUCCUUCGUGGGAAGCGCAUCGACAUGGCGAUGGUAGGGUACCGGAAGUUGUAUCAGUAUUUCGCAUCUGGGCAGAUAAAUGCAAUCGUCUUUGGGUCCUGGAUAUGGGCUAUGAAAGCUAUAUCCGUAGCAGUCAACAGUGGGCUCUACCAGCCUUGCUAGUCUAUAAUCUGACCACCGAUCAGCUCAUCCGCAAGUACGUGAUCCCAUCGGAUCAAUACCCGACAAAUUCGCAUUUUGGAAACGUAGUCGUUGAGGAUGCCUCUUGCGAUAACGCAUUCGCUUAUCUUGCCGAACUCCGGGGACCGGGUAUUAUCGUUUACUCCUGGGCCAGCAAUACCUCCUGGCCUGUCAAGCAUCACUACUUUAAUCCUGAUCCUAUGGCUGGAAGUUUUAACUCGUCAGGUCUUUCGUACCAUUGGUGGGACGGCAUCAUAAACUUGAGUCUAGCCCCCAAAGAAGACGGCUUUAGCACCUUAUACUUUCACCCACUUUGCAGCAACGCCGAGUUUUACGUAGACACGAAAGUACUUCGGGUUCUGGAGCGCAUACCUGGCAAAGACAACUUUUAUGAAUUCCACGCGCUGGGUUCUAGAGGAUCGAACACCCAAGGCGCUGCCAGUUACCUGGACCCAAGGAGUGGAAUCCUCUUUCAUGCACUUUCUAUCGCAAAUAACAUAGCAUGUUGGAAACCCGGAACUAAAUACAGCCCUGAAAAUAUUGGCUUGGUUUUUCCGGAUAACAAUACCUUGAUUUUUCCCAGCGACAUUAAGAUCGACGCUCAGAGCAACAUCUGGGUGAUGGCUGACCACCUUCCGGUCUUUAUGUACUCUCAAUUGGAUUCCAACAACUAUAACUUCCGUGUUUGGACCGGAUCCGUGCAAGAUGCCAUAGCCGGGACCCCUUGUGCCUAGAAAACCUAAAAUAACAUGGAUCUGAUAUCAUUGGUCUAGAUUUCCUGAAGAAUUUGUUGUAAACAUUGACACCGAUCGUAUGAUUGAUAAAACUUAAUUCUACUCUAAUUAAUCCUGUAAUCAUAUUCACGAUGUAGAAACUAUAAUAAAUCGCAAUCGUUAACAUUUUCUCUUA